AAAAAAUACAUCCAAAAAAAAAAUCGAAGAACUCGACAAUUCAGAAAAAUGGUUGGAGCAUCAGCAAUUCCAAUUCCCACUCCACUGUCACUCUCACUCUCAACACCCAUUCCCAGAAUUUCUUCUCUGAGAAGAAUUUCAAAUCCCACACUGUCAUUGUGCCAAACCCACUAUUUCUCUCUCUUAGUUACAUUUCCUCUUCAUUUUUCUCCCCACAAGCAUCGUAGAACACAGACCCAUUUCUCUCCAAAUGCUUCGUCUUCAUCUUCAGUUGUGAGUGCAGAAUACACAGAGGAACCAGCAACCACUGUGAAAUUUCAAAGGUCUCUCAGUUUGCCAGGUUGCUCGGGUUCAUUGUCUUUGCUUGGAACUGGAUACAGGGAGAAAAGUUUUGCAAUCAUUGGUGUUAAAGUCUAUGCUGCAGGGCUAUAUGUAAACCCAUCUAUUCUAAGUGAAUUGAAUGCUUGGAAAGGGCAAUCAACAACUAAAAUUCAAGAGAUUCCUUCCUUAUUCAACUCAAUUUUUCAAUCUCCUUUGGAGAAAUCAUUAAAGAUUGUUCUGGUUAGAGAUGUUGAUGGUAAAACUUUCUGGGAUGCCUUUGAUGAUGCCAUCUCCCCAAGAAUCAAAGCACCCACUUCCAUUGAUGAAUCCGCUUUGUCCACAUUCCGUAGUAUCUUCCAGGGACGACCCCUUAAGAAAGGAACUUUCAUAUUUUUGACUUGGCUAGAACCAUCCAAAAUGCUUGUAUGUGUCUCAUUGGAUGGGCUUCCAUCUAAUGUGGAAGCUACAAUUGAGUCAGGAAGUGUGACUCUUGCUCUUUUUGAUGUAUUUUUUGGAAAUGGACCUGUUUCUCCCUCCUUAAAAGAUUCAGUUGCCAAGGGGUUGGCAACAAUCCUCAAGUAGAUGCUAUGUGUUAGUUUCUUCAAAUUUAUUUUGUACACUUUCUUUUGAGAAAUGUUGUAUGUAAUUGCUUUAUCACUUGAGCCGCUGUCAAUCUUAUCAGCAUAUGUAACCUGGCUGGAUAUUGUUGUCGUGUAAAGGAAAAUGCACAUUUCUCAACUGUCA